AUGCAGCCAGCGCCUCUCGCCCGCCUCGUACUGGUGCUCUCUGCCUGCUCCGCGACCGUGUGUAGCGAGCUGGAGUGCGAGGCCUCAAUGCCGCCGACGUCGCCUAGCCUCUCGCCAUCGCCGGCCCAUGGCUGCACGGUGGUGUGGCGCGAGCCGUCGUCCGCGCCCGACCCCGAGGGAUCGCUGCUCACAGCGCUGCUGGAGGCCGCCCACCCGUACCGCCCGAGCCCGGCGGAGGUUGGCGAGGCGCGAGACGCAGAGCGGCUACAGGCGGCGGCGGUUGCCUCACGGAAGCGGGCGCGCGCGCUGAGCAGAGGCGCGACGACAUCGACUCGCCGUCGCAACGGCGCCCUGGCGAGGCUGCUGAGGGAGCUCGCCGGCACACUCGAGGCGGACGCCGCUCUGCUGCAAGCUCCUGAGCCGCGCUCGAGCAGCCUGGCGCGCCAGUCGGUGACAGAGGGAUAUUACGAACUAAUGAGAAGCGAGGCGGCUCGGUGGCCAGUUUCGAUGGCGCGGAUCGCCGUGAACGCGGUCCGUGUGGCGUUCGCGCGCUUCGCGAUGCUGGCCGACAACCCUUAUGACCGAUUCAUGGCGCUCUUUGCUUGGGUCGAGCCGCUCGAGCCGGAGGAGCCAUUCUGGAGCGACGCCACCGAGACCACGCGCCACUUUUGCGCCCCGGGCACCGAUGCCGAGCUGACCAUGGUGGCGCGACUGAUUGCCGACGAGUUGCCGACACACUUGCGCGCCGCCGCCGAGUCGCACGCGCGCCGCCCGCUGCGGCAGGAGCUGGGCGGGCUGAAGACGCCCACAGGCGAGGCCGACUACGGCAGGGCAGUGGCGCUGCUCGCGCCGCUCGAGGCGGCGCUGCGAGGAGACCCAGCUUGGGAAGGCGAGCGGUGGGCCUCAACGUCAUCGCCUUACCGCGAGCCGAGUCACGGACGACUCACGUCGUUAGGGGUCGUUGAUUUCGUGCUCGUGAGCGGCGGCUCAGCGCUCAAGUUCACCUCCCUCGCACGCGUACACCUCCUCCUCGUCGUCGCUUACGAGCGGACCGGCCGCCGCGCCGAGGCCGAGGCUCUCCACCUGCGAGGGGAGCUGCCCGCGCAGGACGGCGUGUGGAGCGCGAACGCGGACGGAGCGGCCGCUGCGUUCGCAGGCUCCAUGGCAGCGCGCGGAGCUUGCGCGUUGCAGGGCCGCUCUCAGUCGAGCGUGGCACUACUGCAGGCGUUUUGGAGGCGCGCUGAGCUGCCAGCCGACGAGCAGGCGGCGGUCAAGGCGCUGGAGCAGCAUUGGCGCGAGCUCGCGGUGGAGGCGUCCGCAAUCCUAGCCGCCGGCGCUACGGUGCAAACAGAGGAGCAUCUCUCCGCGCGGCCGAACCACUGGCACAAGUUCGACUUGUGGAAGCGAGGCAAGGCGGUGGAGGGGCGCUGCUCGCUGGCGCCGACCACGUGCCGCGUGCUCGAGCCCCACACGGCGGUGAAGUUCUCAGUGUUCCACAGCGGGUCGCGCAUCUUCCCGCACGCUGGCCCGACAAACGGGCGCCUGCGAGUCCACGCUGGCUACGUCAUCACCGUCGGCGGCGUGAACGCGAGCUGGGUCCCCGGCGAGGCGCUGAUCUUUGACGACUCGCUCGAGCACGAGGUGUUCUCGCCACCCGAGGCCGGCGUCCCCUCCAUGCGCGUCGUCCUGAUCGUCGAUGUAGGGGCAGGUGGGAAUAGCGAUUUUUUUGCCUCCUUCUUUUAA